CAAUCCACUACGUUCAAUUAAAGUAGCCAUCGAGUUGCAAUAAACACAUCAAGAUUUGAUUGGACGAAGAAGCUUCUAGACUACAAGCUCAAGGCAAAUAUUCGCUUAAGCGAAUUACUAUGGAAAAGCAAUCCUUACCAAAUCUCAUGCGUAAUUCGAAAAUCAAGCCACCCAGCAUCAGUAGCAAGAAUUUGGCCAUUGUAUACGAAAAAACUCGAUUGCUCCGGACAGUUUUAGAGAGGGAGAUAACGAGACGUGUUGAGGACCCCAUCCAGCGUGGUUUUUCUUCUGUUGCAGGUCAUUCGCGGAUACUGCCGGAAGUACCGUUGGAAGUGAGGAAAAAACUAAACUUUACCGGCUUAGAUGAAUCCAAGAAAGAUACCAACGUUUCCUUGGGAAUAUUACAAUCAGAAGAUUUGGACAAUUUUCAACACAGUUCCCCAAACACAACUCAACGCUCUGAGAACAUUUCCGAUGGCAUACUGAACGCUUCACAAAUGCGGUACGGCAGUUUCGAAGAUAAAAGUGCCAAUUUAAACGCGGAUUAUUUGCUAAAACGGCUACAGGACCAACUAGUCUUGCACAAUACAUUAGUUGAUGCGUCCGAAAAGUUUCCGAAAUCACCAUCCGUUGAAAAUCUCGUGAAACAGUGCGUAAAAGGAACCAAGGCUCUAGAGGACCUCAAGCAGCGAGUGGCACGAUAUAAAACAUUAAAAAGGACGAUGAAUGUGUCGCUGGCGGAAGUACCUAGGAUCAUUCGUAGUGCGAUUGAAUGCACCGACGAGUUGAAUGAAUUAUCCGAGCAAAUAAUGCAAUUUUCUGGUGGCUCAAAUUCAGAUCUUUUCAAUAGAAGUUCUUUAACAAAUCAGGCAAUUAAGGACGCAUCGUUACGCCUGAAGGAAAUAGAACGCCAAUGGGCAAACGUCCCAUUCCCCGAAGAGGACGAUGCAUCGCUGGGGCUUGUGCAUGAGUCGGAAAUGCAUUCUACAGACAGUUUUUUGCAGAACGUAUCCAAGCCUCUGGACGACGUCUUUGAGAGCGUUAACCAAUCAAUUGAAGAAGUGCUGAAAACUCCAAAUACCGCCAGCCUGAGCGCAUUGAAAACCAAACUUAAAGAUUGCCACAGCUUCCUUCACACCUUAACAUCGGAUCAGUCACAGUUGAUCGAUGAAACACUUCCUUCAUUUGCGGAACCAUUUGAAGAAAGCGAACUUUCGUUGUUGACCAAGGUUACCGAUGAGCUAAAUAGGUCCUAUAAGUCUGAAGUGGAGGCGUUUUUAGAAAUUAUGAAAAGCCCAGAAAAGGAACGUUUCUUUCACAUUUCCAAACAAACGAUCAAUAAUCUUUCAAUACUACGCGAUGAAGCAAAUGAGAUGCUGCAAAGACUAGAUAGCUCUAACAAGGAGCAGAAACGUGAGCAGCUUGUUAAAAGAUUUGAAAAUUUGCGGGCUGCUGCUAAGGAAUGUUCUGGAGAGCAAAAACGUGACCAGCUUACAAACCUACGGGAUACUGCUUCAAAAGGUUUUACUUCCAUUUUAUUGAAGGAUUAUUUAGACGAGGAUGAUUUUUUCGCGGAAACGAAAAGCUCAAAUAAAUCAUAUGCUACAGUUGGGAAACGAACAGUUCAAUUUUCCGAACACUCGAAUUCAGAAGCUGAUCAUGCGAGACCGAUUGAAACCCGUCUUGAAUUAUUCUUGACGGAGUUGUACGACUUUCAGGAGAAAGUUUUACAUUCCAAUACAAUGCAGAACGACCACGAAGGUAUGAAGAUUAUAGAGAAGAAACUGGAUAAUCUCAUGGAGCAAAUCUCGGUUCUUGUAAAAAUUCUACGGUCCAAAGAAGAGUCAACUCAAGAAAACAUUUAUUAA